AUGGCUGCAACACUUGUUAAGCCACCAAAUUCAACUUAUACAUUUUCAAGCCAACCUAAAGCAGUUCAACAACAACAAGGACAACGACAAAAAUUUCGACAACCACUUGUUAAUCCAUCAGAUGAAACAAAUGUAUAUGGAAAUUUAAUGUAUGAUCGUCGUGUUAUUCGUGGUAACACUUAUGCUCUUCAUACACUUCCCGCACAUGCACAACCAGAUCCAAUUGAAGUUCAACGACAACAAGAAGCUAAACGACGUGCUUUAGCAAGACGUAAGGCUCGAGAACAAAUUCGAACGAGAACACCUGAUCCUGUACAUAAUCGAAAAAAUAUUGAUGUACAAACAGAACUUUAUCUUGAAGAACUCAGUGAUCGAAUCGAAGAAGCUGAUGUUGAUGUUCAAACAGAUGCUUUUCUUGAUCGACCACCAUCACCUCUAUUUAUUCCACAAUCAACUGGCAAAGAUAUAUCUACUCAAAUUGAAGCAGGCGAUUUAUUUGAUUUUGAUAUUGAAGUUAAACCAAUUGUUGAAACAUUAGUUGGUAAAACAAUUGAACAAGCAUUAAUUGAAGUUGCUGAAGAAGAAGAAUUAGCUGAAAUUCGUGAACAACAACGAGAAUAUGAAGAAAUACGUAAUGCUGAAUUAAUUGAAUUACAACGAUUAGAAGAACAAGAAAGACGUUUAAGAGCUGAAAAAGAUCGUCGAAUGAAACAAGCGCAAGAAGCAGUUCGAUCAGAACAAGAUGUUGCACAAAAAAUAGCUGCUAGAGCUUUUGCUAAAGCUUAUUUACAAGAUCUUGUACCAAGUGUAUUUAACAACUUAAGAGAAAAUGGAUACUUUUAUGAUCCUGUUGAACAUGAAAUUGAAACAUCAUUUAUGCCAUGGUUAAUGGAUAGAACAAUGACACAAGUUAAUCAAUUAGUUCUUGGACGAACUAUUCUUGAUUCGAUUAUUCGAGAUGUUGUUAAUCAACGAAUCGAUAAUUAUGAAAAAUUAGCCGAAGCACUUAUACAAGUAGUUGAAGGUGGUGUUGAUAUGGGAACAUCAACAGGUGAUGUUUUACAUGAUUUAGAACAAAAUAUUGAACAACCUGAAUCAGGUACUGGAGAAUUAAUUGUCACCAUGGAAAAUAAUACAAAUGAUGGAGUAGAAACCAAUGCCUUACUAAGUGAUGAAGCUGUUGACGAACGUGAAGAAGACCCAACAAACGCUGAUGAAGAUGCUGGUGGUGAACAGUGA